AUGGGGAAAGGAGGUGGUUGCUUUCCAAGCAAGACAAAGGCACCGAUUUCUGGAUCAGAAAAGGAUCCAGUUAGAGUUGAAAGUCCAACCCCAGCAAAUGAUGGCACAAGCCGAGAAGGGCCAGCAACAGCACCAGCACCAGCACCAGCACAUGAAGCAGUGAAAAAGCUGAAAAUUUUCAUUGUGUUCUACUCAACUUAUGGCCAUGUGGAGUCAUUGGCAUGGUCCUUGAAGAAAGGGGUUGAUUCAAUUGAAGGAGUUGAAGGGGUGUUGUACCGUGUGCUGGAGACACUUCCUGAGGAGGUCUUGCAACUCAUGAAGGCACCUGAGAAGGAUGAUAAGGUGCCACUCAUUACUGCUGACAAGUUGGUGGAGGCUGAUGGCUUACUGUUUGGAUUUCCAACAAGGUUUGGCAGCAUGGCAGCACAGAUGAAGGCGUUUUUCGAUUCAACUGGUCAGUUGUGGAGAGAGCAGAAGCUGGCAGGGGUGCCUGCUGGCUUCUUUGUCAGCACUGGCACUCAGGGUGGAGGUCAAGAAACCACAGCUUGGACAGCAAUCACACAGUUAGUCCACCAUGGAAUGCUCUAUGUUCCUAUUGGUUAUACCUUUGGUGCUGGAAUGUUCGAAAUGGACUCAAUCAGAGGUGGAUCUCCAUAUGGAGCUGGAGUUUUUGCUGGAGAUGGCUCAAGGCAAGCUAGUCAAACAGAACUUGCCCUUGCAGAGUAUCAAGGAAAACACAUGGCCACAAUAGUCAAGAAGUUAGGCCACAAAAGUUAA